AUGGCAAACUGCUGGGCGAUGCUCCUGCUGAUGGUCGGGGCAGCCAUAGCAAUCCCCACCGUCCCCACGCGACUGAGCUAUGAGCAAGUCCUGGCCUCUGCUGUCAAGACCUAUAACCAGGAGUCAGGCCUGGACAGCGCCUUCCGACUGCUGGAAGCUGAACCUCAGCAGGACUGGGAUUCUUCUGCUCAGGCUGUCCAGCCACUGAAGUUCUCCGUUAAAGAGACGGUGUGCCAGGCGACGGAGAGCUCUGACAUUGACCAGUGUGACUACAAAGACGAUGGGCUUGACCAAGACUGCUCUGGGUUCUUUUCCACUGCACAGAGCCCGCCACUGAUUGUAGUCCAGUGUGAAGACGUGGACCAGGAGUUGGAGCGGAUCACAAGGGGCCGUUUUAAAAAAUGGAAGAAGAAAUGGAAGAAGAAACUUCGCAAAGUCCUAAAGAAGCAAGGUCCAAGCAUCGCUGUGGGCGCCUUUACUGGCUAG